AUGACAGAUCCCAAGCAGGAGACAUCGAUCUACAACCAAGCGGAUCAAGACGGCCGUUUUCGCCGCCAGACCUCUUCGUUCCGUUCCACCAUUUCCCGCUCUCCUUCGGCCGAAUUCCCGCCUGAGAAAGACCGCUACGUGCUCUACAUCACCACCAGCUGCCCCUGGGCACAUCGCACUAAUAUCGUACGAAGCCUCAAGGGCCUAGAGCCCUUCAUCCAGCUUGUCGUCCUUGAUCCACGCCUCAGCCCCGAAGGAUGGAUGUUUUCCGGCGAGUUUGGCUCGGCCACAGAAGAUCCGGUAUACGGCUUCCGUUACUUGAAGGAAUUGUACCUGAAAGCGGAUCCGGGGUAUGCUGCGAAAUACACCGUACCAGUGCUCUGGGACAAGAAGAAGGAGACGAUAGUCAAUAAUGAGAGUAGUGAGAUCAUCCGCAUGAUGUAUACUGAAUUUGAUGACCUGCUUCCAGAGCAACUGCGCGAAAUUAAUAAGCCCAAUGGAGGCUUGUAUCCGGAGAAGCUACGGAAUGAAAUUGACGAGAUGAACGAAUGGAUUUACCAGACGGUGAACAACGGCGUCUACAAGACGGGCUUUGCCACUACGCAAGAGGCGUACGACGAGAAUGUCUACCCCUUGUUCGCCUCGCUCGACCGCCUCGAAAGGCACCUGGGCGAGCCCGGACACGGGCCAUAUCUGUUUGGAGAGCAUAUCACGGAUGCAGAUGUUCGCUUGUAUCCGACCAUCGUCCGGUUCGACGUCUCCUACCAUCACACCUUUAAAUGUAAUCUGCGGAUGAUCCGCCACGACUACCCGCGUAUCGAUCGGUGGCUGAGGACCCUGUACUGGGACGAGUCGGCGAGGACGAAUGGCGGCGCCUUUGGGAAAACAACGGAUUUCAUCGCGGUGAGUCAUGGAACUCUCCUUCACCCUCUACUCGCACUCCCCCUUCCCCGCAUCUUGCCCUGGAGCUUCGGUAUCAAGGACUGGGUAUACGAAUGCAUAGAGCAUAUGUCGCAGAGAAGCGGACUAAUCUGCAUUCAGUUCAAAACUGGGUACUUGCAAUCGCACAAUAGGCGGCUGGGAAUUCCCUUCACUAUCUUGCCUGCAGGACCGAUGCCGCACAUCCUCCCACGCAUUGACAAAGCGUAG